AUGACUACGGCUGCAGCUGUCUACCCCGCCCUGGAGGACCGUCCUCUCAAGGACACCAUUGUCCUCUUCGAUGUUGACGAGACCCUGAGCAAGGCGCGGCGGUCCGCCACCCCCGAGAUGCACGAGCUGCUCUCUCGUCUGCGACACAAAUGCGCCAUUGGAUACGUUGGCGGCUCCAACUUCGUCAAGCAGCAGGAGCAAUUGGGCUCUGCGACCACCGAUGUGACCACCCUGUUCGACUACUGCUUCUCCGAGAACGGGCUGGUGGCCUGGCGACUGGGCAAGCCGCUCGAGGGCAACAGCUUCAUCCAGUGGCUCGGCGAGGAGAAGUACCAGGACCUCGCUGAUUUCUGCCUCCGAUACAUCUCCAACAUUAAGCUGCCUAAGAAGCGCGGUACCUUUGUUGAGUUCCGCAACGGCAUGAUCAAUGUCAGCCCCAUCGGACGUAACGCUAGUGUGGACGAGCGCAACGAGUUCGAGGCUUACGACAAGAUCCACAACAUUCGUCGGGAUAUGGUGCAGGCUCUGAAGAAGGAGUUCCCCGACUUUGGUCUCACCUUCUCCGUCGGUGGCCAGAUCUCCUUCGACGUCUUCCCCACCGGAUGGGACAAGACAUACUGCCUGCAGCACGUUGAGGCUGAGAAGAACAUCACUGGCGUCGAGUACAAGAACAUCCACUUCUUCGGCGAUAAGUGCUUCCCCGGAGGCAACGACUAUGAGAUCUACUCCGACCCCCGCACAAUCGGCCACUCAGUUGAUGGUCCUGACGAUACCAUGAAGCAGCUGAAAGAGGUCUUUGGCCUUUGA